ACAGGCAGGGCUGCGGUGACAGGCAGGCAUUGCAUCCACUCCCUGUGAAUGAGCCUGGCUUUGCAUCUUUCCUUUAAGCAAGCACCUUCCAGGAGAGUAGGAAAUGUAACCCUGUUCUGGGGAUUUUUCCUGUCAUUGCUCUCUGCCCUUUUUGCAAUCACUCCAGCAUCCUUGCAAAAAGUGCCACAACCGCACGGUCUAUCCGUGUCAUUUUACUUAGUGAGUCGUCACCCUUUUGUAACAAAAAUAUUGAAUGGCUUCAAGUAUCGGUAGGAAUGGUGUUCAGGUGUAUAGUUCUGAACUGGUCUCGCUACAUCAUCAUAGCCACCACUACCAUCAGCAGCAGCCUGUAAAGAAUACAUAUAAGGAAGGCACGAAAAAAGAUGGGACUGUGGAUUCCUAUUGGUCCAGGCCUGAAUCUCGAAUCUGGACUGCGAUGUUACUGCUUGGGACUUGUUUACUCUACUGUGCCAGGGUGACCAUGCCUAUCUGUGCUGUGGCCAUGAGCAGUCACUUCGACUGGGACAAGAAACAGUCCGGCAUUGUUCUGAGCAGCUUCUUCUGGGGCUACUGCUUAACUCAGAUCAUCGGAGGGCACCUCAGCGAUCGGAUCGGAGGAGAAAAAGUCCUCCUCCUCUCUGCAUCUGCCUGGGGUUUCAUCACCGCCAUCACUCCGCUGCUCACCAAUAUCAGUUCUGCCCACCUGAUUUUCAUGACAAUAGCUCGAUUCCUCAUGGGACUACUGCAAGGAGUGUACUUCCCUGCCUUGGCCAGCCUCUUUUCUCAGAAGGUCCGUGAGAGUGAGCGAGCUUUCACGUGCAGCACAGUAGGGACUGGCUCUCAGUUUGGGACGCUGGUGAUUGGUGGGGCAGGGUCCCUCCUUCUGGACUGGUAUGGCUGGGAAAGUGUCUUCUAUUUCUCUGGAUUACUCACUUUGCUCUGGGUUUACUGCAUGUGCAAAUACCUCCUGAAUGACAAAGAACUCAUCAUUCGCUUAGAACAUUUAGCAAAGGGCCUCUCGUUAUCCAAACAGACCAAAGUUCCCUGGAAGCAGUUAUUUAAAAAGGCCCCUAUCUGGGCUGUCAUAGUAGCUCAGCUUUCUACGGGCAGCACAUUUUUCACCCUCCUCUCCUGGUUGCCAACUUUCUUUAAGGACACUUUUCCCGAGUCUAAGGGCUGGGUGUUUAACGUCGUGCCAUGGCUGGUUGCAAUCCCAACAAGUUUGUUUAGUGGAUUUCUGUCUGAUCACCUGAUCAAUCAGGGCUAUAAAACGAUCACCGUUCGUAAGUUCAUGCAGGUCAUCGGAUCAGGCGUAUCAAGCAUUUUUGCCUUGUGCAUGGGUCAGACAUCCAGUUUUUGCAAAGCUAUAGUAUUUGCAUCUGUCUCAAUUGGACUUCAGACCUUUAACCACAGUGGCAUUUCAGUCAACGUACAGGAUCUGGCUCCCUCGUGUGCUGGCUUGUUGUUUGGCAUUGGAAAUACAGGUGGAGCCCUAUUAGGUGUCGUUUGUGUGUAUUUAGCCGGUCAUCUGAUUGAAACCACUGGUUCUUGGGUUUCUGUUUUCAACCUUGUGGCUACAGUUAAUGCCCUGGGGCUCUGUACAUUCCUGAUCUUUGGAGAGGCCCGAAGGAUGGACACAGACUCUGCAUACAUAGAUCUAUAGUCGCUGUAAAGAUGAGUUCAGCAAAUGAAAUCUGUUGAAGGGUUUAGGACUGUAAUUUCUAUUGCUAGCUGUUGUGCAAAUGGUUGUUUGCAGAAGAGAAUAUUAUUAUUUUGUAGAAUUUAAAUAGAAAAAAAAUCUAUUGAGAGAAUAUUACGGGCCUGAACUAAACCCAGAGGAGGGAGGAAAUCCAGAGUUAAAACUUUGCUCAGGGGAUGGCUGAUGAGUUAUAGAGCCUUUCAGCUCUAGGUCACCAGUUUGAAUUUGUAGCAGAGGGGUAGCCGUGUUAGUCUAGAUCUGUAAA